GGUCAGUUGUUUUGUCAUUGCUGCGUGUGUACUCGUUUCAUGAGGGUGGAUCUCUCGUCCAUAAAGGCGUCUUUUCAGCGACGUAGUUGGUGUGUUCCAGGUAUUCCGACUAACGUUUCAUUGUCGAUGUUCAUCGAAGGUAUGUCGUCAUUCAGCGCUCAAACCAUGGACUACCAUCUUGACAUGUACUUUCAACAGGAAUGGUAUGACCAUCGACUGGAGCACAACAACAGCGCUCCGAUAUUGGUGAAGGACAAGCGGGUUUUUCGUGAAAUGUGGCAUCCAGAUCUCUAUUUUGCCAACGCCAAAUCGGCUUCAUUUCAGGAAAUCACUGACGACAACUUUCUCGUGUGGGUUUAUCCAGAUGGACGGGUAUGGUACGAUACCAGAAUAUCGAUCGUGGUUUCAUGCAAUAUGGAUUUGUGGAAAUAUCCUCUUGAUUCUCAGCAGUGUCCGCUUCGGGUUUUAUCUUACGCCUAUCCAGAAUCUGUCCUUCGUCUCGUUUGGUCGUCAAAAAACGAUUUAUUGCCGGUGGAUCGAAAUCCUGAAAUCACAAUGCCUGAUAUGCAACUCAAAAAUAUUCAAACGGGUUACUGUAAUGGGACUUACGCAACCGGUGUAUGGAGUUGUAUGACAGCUGUAUUCUAUGUUGAACGUGAAAUGAUGCAUCAUGUCAUACAAACAUAUCUACCAACAGCUCUCAUUGUUGUGAUAUCAUGGUUUAAUUUCUGGCUUGACAUUGACUCGGCACCGGCCCGCGUGUCGCUCAGUAUUACAACGUUGUUGACGAUCUCAACACAAGCAAACGCCGUCAAGUUGGCGUUACCAGAAGUUUCGUACAUGAAGGCUAUAGACGUAUGGAUGGGCUCGUGUAUGGCAUUUGUGUUCGGCGUGAUGAUUGAAUUCACAAUUUGUCAUUUCGCAAAAAAUCAAGAGCUGAUAAGAUGUGAACCACAACCGUCGCUGAUCGUCGACACCGCGCUCUCAACGCUUUUCGGUGCGUCCAGGGACAUCGAUGAUCUGGUAAGUGCCCUUUUCAUUUAUAAACUAGUAUACUUACUUACUUGGAUUUUUGGUUAG